UACAACUUGAAGUCAGACAUCUCAGAUCAGCUAUGGCACCUCAACGCAAUGCCGUUCUGCCAACCGCUCUCAAAACACCUGCCGUCCAGAAAUUGACUAACAAGCGCGUCAUUCUUGCUUCUGCAAGCCCGAGGAGAAAGGAGAUACUCCAAACCCUGGGCUUAGCACCCGAAAUUGUCCCAUCGACGUUUGCUGAGGAUCUCCCUAUCUCUUCUUUCGAGGAUAUUCACGAAUAUCCCGUUUCCACUGCGACCCAGAAAGCAGUGGAGGUGUAUCAAAGAUUACUGACAGAUGCGCCAGACGACCCACCAGAUCUCGUCAUCGGUGCGGAUACCGUCGUCUUCACUCAUGCCCUACCAUCGACGUCCAUUGAGAUGGAGACGGGUGUGCGGCAAGAGCUUCUCGAGAAACCAUCCUCGAAAGAGGACAACAUACGCAUGCUGAUGGACCUGAAUGGGAGUGUUUGUGAGGUUGUAACGGGCGUUUCACUUGUAUAUCCAAUCUUGAGCGCUCCUGGAUAUGAGAUCAAAUCUAUAGAUGAACGGACAUUGGUAUUCUUCGGGGACAAUCCGGAACAUCUACUUCAGGCGUACGUCGACAGCGAGGAAGGUCUAGAUCGGGCAGGAGGCUUUGCAGUCCAAGGUCGUGGCAACUUGCUCAUUCGCAAGAUUGAUGGCGACUUUUACAACGUUAUGGGUUUUCCUGGGGCGUCAUUUUUCAAGCUCCUAGAAAUCCUCGUUGAGGAAGACGAAGACUUUCUCGCGAUAUAAAUUCUCGUAAAUAGGUAGGAUGGAGUACUUCAAGACUCUAUAAUUGGACAGUAAUAGACGACGCGUGGAUUUCCCAUC